AACACUGCUCUGCAUACACGAAAAUAAAAUUUUUUUGACUAAUCGUGCAUGUUUUCGCUCGGUAAAAAAAAAAGCAGGCCGCGCGAGCCCUAGCUAGCUAGACCGCCGCCCUUCCCGUCCCACGAAACGCAGCGCAUCGCAUCCGGCGUUCCGCGUUUCCACUUGUGUGUUUGUUAUGAAUAUACCGAAGGUGACAACAUCGCUUGGUGCCGCCGAAAAGGCGAAACCCGAAAGAGUAGCAUCCGUGGCCGCCGCUGCCUUCAAUGCGGUCAGCCUGCAGAAGCGCAGCGGCGACGACACCGCCACUCCGGCGGAGGAUCCCACGCGCAAGAAGGCCAAGACGGAGCUGCUUCUCGGAACUGGAACGGCAGCGCCCAGUUUGCCCGCCAAAGCGUCGAGCACCGCGCCGCAGCAGCUCCUCUACCAGCGGAGUGGACAGCAGGCUAAGGCGCAGGUAAAAGCUGCGUCGGAGCCGCAGGAUGUCGAGACGGCGGACGGCGUCUGGGACGCCCGCGAUCAGCAGAUCAUAGUGUGCAACUUCGGCUCCGGCACUGAGAUGGGUGCCAUCAAGGCGGAGGACGCUGACAAGCAGAGUGAGUACAGAAUCAGCACUCCAAGGAACAGUCAAUCUAACCCUUUGCUACACCGAAACACAGCCUUUACCAGCUUUACCAAAAAGGAGGGUGCCUCAUCGUCGGCCUCGUCAUCAUCGUCAACCGCGUCCGUCAUUUCCAUCGAGCCCAGUGGCUCGGGGCAGGAUCAUGCUGAAAACUCCGGCAAAUCUGAGGACCUCGACUACGUACUGAUGCCAGCCAGCGGCGCGGAUAGCUCUACAUCUGUGGGUAACUCCACCGGAACGGGAACACCAGCAGGAACGCCUAUUGGAGCUACUACCUCCACCAUUAUUUUAAACGCUAACAACGGAACGGCAGGAGUCAGUGGAGCCGGCACCACUACAAUCCUCACACAGAAAUCCGGUCACACGAACUACAACAUCUUCAAUACCACGGCCACUGGUAGCCAAACGCCCACUACAACAUUGUUAAACCGGGUGAAUCUUCACCCCAAGAUGAAAACCCAGCUGAUGGUUAACGCCAAGAAGCUGUCGGAAGUAACGCAGACCACGGCGAAAGUGUCGAUUGGCAACAAGACUAUAUCGGUGCCGCUGCUCAAGCCGCUGAUGAGCGCUAGUGGAGCGGCCACAGCCGGAGGAGCCACGAUUGUAGAGAGCAAGCAACUGCUGCAGCCGGGCGGUCAGGUGACUACCGUAAUGAGUGCUGCGCAGCAAAGCGGUGGUCAGCAGGUCCACCCGCACGUCCAUUCUCAUGCACAUCACAACUUUACCAAACUUAUCAAACGCGGGCCAAAAAAUAGCGGCACCAUUGUCUCGUUUUCGGGGCUACAGAUCAAGCCGGCGAACACCAAAAUUGUGGCCACCAAGGUGGUGAGCAAAAAGAUGCUGCAACUUCAGCAGCACCAACAACAGAUCCAACAGCAGCAGCAGCUUCAGCAGCUGCAGGUGACCAGUGGUGGAGGCCUGGCUCCGCCCACAGGCAGCAUAGUGACUAUCACCACCACCAACCCCAGCCAAACGUACGCAAUGGUUCAGGAUUCCGCAACUGUGGGACCUGCGGCCCAUUCGGAAGACGAUGCGCCAGCGCCUCGAAAGAUUACAGCCUACUCGGAGAACCUUCAAAAAAUUCUCAACAAGAGCAAGUCCCAGGAAUCGACUGGAGGCCCGGAGGAGUUCACCAACAUCAACAGCGUGGUGAUUAAGCCGCUCGACAAGAAUACACUCAAUUGUCCACCCAGCUUUAACAUCUUUAAGCAGCAGCAGCACUCACAGGCUGCUCAAAGCCAAUCAAUCUCCGCGGUAGGCAGUGGAGCAGGCACACCCGUGACGUUUACCAUGGCUUCGGGGAAUGCCUCAGAUCUGGCCACCACCUCCACCGUUUCCGUUUCGGCGGGGACCAUCUGCAUAAACAGUCCGAUGAUGGGCACGCGGCCAAUAAUCUCCAUUCAGAACAAGAACAUAUCCCUGGUGCUGUCCAAGACGACCAUGGCCCAGCAAAAACCGAAGAUGAUAACUACAACCACGUUGUCCAGUCAGGCGGCGCUGCAGAUGCAUCAUGCUUUGAUUCAGGAUUCUAGUGCAGACAAGGCGGGAUCUUCUGCAAACUCCGGAUCAGCUACCUCGGGAGCUUCAAUGCAGCUGAAACUAACGACCGCCAAUACGCCCACCAAACUCAGCGUUAGUCUGGCUCCGGACGUAGUCAAGCUGGAAGAAGUUGGCAGCGAAUCUAAAGCAAAGCUACUGGUCAAACAGGAGGCGGUUGUGAAGGAUAGCACUGGUACUCCGACCAGUGAGGAGCGGGCUGAGGAGAUCGGCACGCCGGAGAAGCGUUUGAACGCCAAUGCCACAAUGACGGCUAUUAACCAGGUUCAAAAUCAGUCCGCCAAUCAAAUUCAAAUGGCCACAUCUACCUCAACUGCCUCGAAUCCCAGCACACCCAAUCCUACAGUGAACGCCACACCUAUGAACAACCAACGCUCGGCAGCGGAGGAUAAUGCACUUCUAAAGCAACUGCUCCAAAACAACAGCAGCAGUCAUAGCCUCAACCAGAUAAGCAUCACUUCGGCUCACGUUGGUUCCGCCUCAGCUUCGGCACCUCUUUCCGCCCGCAAGGUUAUCAACGUACGGGCGCCCAGCAUGGGGAAGGUCAGAAGUUUGGAGGAUCAACUGGCACGUCCGGUGAUUCCUCCGGUGCCCACUGCCACGCAGGCGGCAGGUAGUAGUAGUAGCAGUGGAUCUGUGGCCACGUCCACCACCACCACAACAGUAGCUAGCGGAGGAAGCAGCCAACAGGUAGCCACCGCCUCAGCGACGGCUCUACCUGUUAGUGCGGUCGCAAUUACCACACCAGGAGUGGGAGGGGAGGCAAAGCUGGAGCAGAAAUCCGAUCAGCCAGCAGCAAUUAUGCAGAAUCAGAGCCAAAACCAGGCGCCUCCACCACCACCGCCACCACAGCAGCAGCAGCAGCAGCAACUACACCAGCCGCAGCAGCUGCAACCGUCACCCCACCAAGUCAAGCAGACUGUGCAGAUUGUGUCGAAGGAGACGUCGUUCAUCUCAGGACCCGUUGCUGCUAAAACACUAGUGACGGAAGCCACUUCGAAGCCGGCUGAACUACUACCUCCUCCGCCUUACGAAAUGGCCACUGCUCCUAUAUCGAACGUCACCAUAUCCAUAUCCACCAAACAAGCGGCUCCGAAGGAACUGCAGAUGAAGCCCAAGGCGGUAGCUAUGUCACUACCCAUGGAGCAGGGCGACGAAUCGCUGCCAGAGCAAGCGGAGCCGCCGCUUCAUUCGGAACAGGGAGCUACUGCAGCGGGAGUUGCACCUCACUCCGGAGGUCCCCUUGUGUCUGCGCAAUGGACCAAUAACCAUUUAGAAGGAGGUGUAGCCACCACAAAGAUACCGUUCAAGCCUGGAGAGCCUCAAAAACGCAAGCUCCCCAUGCACCCACAACUGGACGAAAAGCAGAUCCAGCAACAGGCAGAGAUUCCCAUAAGCACCUCCCUACCAACAACUCCGACUGGACAAGGUACUCCCGACAAAGUACAGCUGAUCUCAGCGAUUGCCACUUAUGUAAAGAAAUCCGGUGUCCCGAACGAGGCACAACCCAUCCAGAACCAGAGCCAGGGCCAGGUGCAGAUGCAGGCGCAAAUGCAGGCGACUAUGCAAGGACACCUGUCUGGGCAGAUGUCCGGACAAAUCUCCGGACAUGCCGCUGGACAGAUACCCGCUCAAAUGCAUUUGCAAGUACAGCAUCAGCUCCAUAUGGCAGUUCAUCCACAGCAGCAGCAGCAGCAACUGCACCAGAACCAACCACAGAAUGCGACGAUUCCCCUUCCAGUUACUGGACAGGGUGCAGUGCCCAUCCCCGUGCCCACCAUGGAGAGCAAGGCAGGCGACCAAAGGAAGCGCCGCAAACGUGAGGUCCAGAAGCCGAGGCGCACAAAUCUGAACGCCGGACAAGCGGGUGGAGCUCUUAAGGAUCUAACAGGUCCACUACCGGCAGGUGCAAUGGUCCAACUGGCAGGAAUGCCGCCGGGGACCCAGUACAUACAAGGCGCGGCAUCAGGGACUGGUCAUGUGAUCACCAGUACCGGACAAGGAGUUACUUUGGGAGGAGUGGGCGCCAGUACUGGAGCCAGUUCCUCGCCCAUGCUCAAGAAGCGGGUUCGCAAGUUCUCCAAGGUAGAAGAGGAUCACGAUGCAUUUACCGAGAAGUUGCUGACGCACAUCCGCCAAAUGCAGCCGCUUCAAGUUCUGGAGCCGCAUCUCAAUCGCAACUUUCACUUUCUUAUCGGGAGCAACGAGACUUCUGGAGGUGGUUCGCCCGCCUCAAUGAGUUCUGCGGCUUCUGCCGGAUCAUCAUCGGCUGGAGGAGGAAAGCUGAAGGGCGGAUCUCGAGGCUGGCCACUGAGCAGGCAUUUGGAAGGUCUGGAGGACUGUGAUGGCACCGUUCUCGGCCGCUAUGGUCGAGUGAAUCUGCCAGGGAUACCCUCGUUGUACGAUAGCGAACGCUUUGGCGGAAGUAGAGGUCUAGUUGGUGGAUCUGCACGAACCCGUUCACCCUCGCCAGCAGAGUCUCCGGGAGCAGAAAAGAUGCUACCAAUGUCUAGCAUCCAAAAUGAUUUUUAUGACCAGGAGUUCUCCACGCAUAUGGAGCGCAAUCCUAGGGAACGCCUGGUGCGGCACAUUGGAGCCGUCAAGGAUUGCAAUUUGGAGACCGUAGACCUGGUGGAGAGCGAGGGCGUAGCUGCGUGGGCGACUCUUCCACGACUUACCCGCUAUCCGGGUCUAAUACUGCUCAAUGGAAACAGCCGUUGCCAUGGACGGAUGUCGCCGGUCGCACUGCCGGAGGAUCCGCUGACCAUGCGCUUUCCCGUGUCUCCACUGCUUCGAUCCUGCGGCGAAGAGCUGCGCAAGACACAGCAGAUGGAGCUGGGAAUGGGACCGCUGGGCAAUAAUAAUAAUAACAAUUACCAGCAGAAGAACCAGAAUGUGAUACUCGCACUGCCCGCCUCGGCAUCGGAGAACAUAGCCGGCGUGCUGCGGGAUCUGGCCAAUCUACUGCACUUGGCGCCCGCCCUUACCUGCAAGAUCAUCGAGGACAAGAUUGGCAACAAGUUGGAGGACCAGUUUAUGAAUCAGGACGAUGAAAAGCACGUCGACUUCAAGCGACCACUGAGUCAAGUGAGUCACGGUCAUCUGAGGAAGAUCCUCAACGGGCGUCGUAAGCUCUGCCGCAGCUGCGGAAAUGUGGUUCACGCCACUGGGCUGCGAGUUCCUCGGCACAGUGUUCCUGCCCUAGAAGAGCAACUCCCCCGGUUGGCUCAACUGAUGGACAUGCUGCCAAGAAAAUCGGUUCCCCCUCCUUUUGUGUACUUCUGCGAUCGCGCCUGCUUUGCGAGAUUCAAGUGGAAUGGAAAGGAUGGCCAGGCGGAGGCGGCUAGUCUGCUGCUUCAGCCAGCCGGCGGUUCUGCUGUAAAAUCAUCCAACGGAGACUCGCCUGGCAGCUUCUGCGCCAGCUCAACUGCCCCAGCGGAAAUGGUGGUCAAACAAGAACCGGAGGACGAGGAUGAGAAAACGCCGAGCGUACCGGGCAACCCCACAAAUAUCCCCGCACAGCGCAAAUGCAUUGUGAAGUGUUUUAGUGCUGAUUGCUUCACCACGGACUCGGCGCCAUCCGGACUGGAGCUCGACGGAACUGCUGGUGCCGGAACUGGGGCUGGACCGGUCAAUAAUACUGUGUGGGAAACAGAGACCAGUGGGCUGCAGUUGGAGGACACGCGGCAGUGUGUCUUCUGCAAUCAGCGUGGUGACGGCCAGGCAGAUGGACCCUCGCGACUGCUUAACUUCGAUGUGGAUAAAUGGGUUCACCUUAACUGCGCCCUGUGGUCCAACGGCGUGUACGAGACGGUGUCUGGGGCGCUGAUGAACUUCCAGACAGCUCUGCAAGCGGGACUGAGCCAGGCGUGUAGCGCUUGUCACCAACCAGGCGCCACCAUCAAGUGUUUCAAGUCGCGCUGCAACAGCCUGUACCACCUGCCAUGCGCCAUUCGCGAGGAGUGCGUCUUUUACAAGAACAAGUCCGUGCACUGCAGCGUUCAUGGUCAUGCUCAUGCCGGCAUCACGAUGGGUGCAGGAGCAGGCGCCACGACUGGCGCCGGAUUAGGAGGCUCUGUGGCAGAUAAUGAACUGAGCUCCCUGGUUGUCCACCGGAGAGUUUUUGUCGAUCGGGAUGAAAACCGUCAGGUGGCCACCGUCAUGCACUAUUCAGAGCUAAGCAACCUGCUCCGUGUGGGCAACAUGACGUUCCUGAACGUGGGUCAGUUACUGCCGCAUCAGCUGGAGGCCUUCCACACACCCCACUACAUCUACCCCAUUGGCUACAAGGUGAGUCGCUACUACUGGUGCGUGCGACGACCCAAUCGUAGGUGUCGAUACAUUUGCAGUAUCGCAGAGGCCGGAUGCAAGCCCGAGUUUCGCAUCCAGGUGCAGGACGCCGGCGACAAGGAGCCGGAGCGCGAGUUUCGGGGCAGUUCGCCCUCGGCGGUCUGGCAGCAGAUUCUGCAGCCAAUCACGCGACUGCGUAAGGUGCACAAGUGGUUGCAGCUCUUUCCCCAGCACAUCAGUGGUGAGGACCUAUUUGGCCUAACGGAACCGGCCAUUGUGCGAAUCCUGGAAAGCCUCCCGGGCAUUGAGACGCUCACUGACUACCGCUUCAAGUACGGUCGCAACCCGCUUCUUGAGUUCCCGCUAGCCAUCAAUCCGUCUGGAGCGGCGCGUACGGAACCCAAGCAACGACAGCUGCUCGUCUGGAGGAAGCCGCAUACGCAACGCACGGCCGGCAGCUGCAGCACGCAGCGGAUGGCCAACUCGGCUGCGAUUGCCGGAGAAGUGGCCUGCCCGUACAGCAAGCAGUUCGUGCAUUCGAAGAGCUCCCAGUACAAAAAGAUGAAGCAGGAGUGGCGCAACAACGUCUACUUGGCGAGAUCUAAGAUCCAGGGUCUUGGCUUGUAUGCAGCUCGGGACAUUGAAAAGCACACCAUGAUAAUCGAGUACAUUGGCGAGGUUAUCCGCACCGAGGUCUCCGAGAUACGCGAGAAGCAGUACGAGUCCAAGAACCGUGGCAUCUACAUGUUCCGGCUGGAUGAAGACCGCGUGGUGGACGCCACUCUAAGCGGCGGGUUGGCGCGCUACAUCAACCAUUCGUGCAAUCCCAACUGUGUUACCGAGAUAGUGGAGGUCGAUCGCGACGUGCGGAUCAUAAUAUUCGCCAAGCGGAAGAUCUAUCGCGGCGAGGAGCUCUCGUACGACUACAAGUUCGACAUUGAGGACGAGUCGCACAAGAUACCGUGCGCCUGUGGAGCGCCCAACUGUCGCAAGUGGAUGAACUAGAGUCGGGAGGAGCCUCUAGCGGAGGACCAAAGGAAGCGCAAGAAGCGGCGGCGAGCACGUCGCUCCCAGUGAACAGGAACAGGAGUAGAGACAGGAACAGGAACAGGACUUGUAUCUGAUCAAGUAGCUAGAUUCGCUAAGCAUUAUAGUUCGUGUACAUUUAUAUAUAUAUAUAUAUAUAUAUAUAUAUAUUUAUAUAUAUAUAGUUUAUAUGCUAUAUGCAGAUAUGCUCGUGGAGAGCAUAUGACCUUGUAAGUUUUGUAUAUGUGCCCACUGUAGCCAAUUCGUAUCCUUUAUAUCGCUCUUAAGUGCAAAAGUGGAGAGUGUCUUCAUAGUUUAAAUUGAAUAAUUGCUAUCGUUUCUACAUAGAAAGAAUAUAAAUGUUACUGCUAGGACACGACCACCCCUGUAAUGUAUUUCGGACCCCCUCUCCUCACACAGUCGCUGGAGCACCUAAUUUUAUUUGUUUUAGCACCAUCUCCACAUUCAUCACUACCACCAUUGCAAUUAUCGCGAGGAAACUGACCGCCCCGAUGGCCAACCCAAAACUUGACUUUAUGCGUGUGUGCCUUCCCCUCUGUUUACCAUUAUUAUUAUUAUCAUAAUUGUAGCGGUUAUCUUUCAAUAUUCGGCCACUUUACAUGGGGAGCGAUCCUUCUUUCGCUGCGUGUAUCGUGCGCAACCUUCUUUGAAUAUAUACACUGAUAAGGAUAUGAACACCUACUUCUAUUUUAUUUUAUUUAAAUAGUUUGCGAUUACUUUUAAGUACAUUAACUAACUCCGAACAACGUGUAUUUUUCAUCCCCUUAAAUAGUAGCUAAGUAAAUUUUAUGCCACCAUUUU